AUAUACUGCAGGGUUAGCAUAAUAAUUACUAAACAAUACUACCCUGACUACUAAAGUACUUCAGCAACUCACAAUUAACUCACUGAUCCCUCAACAUUAACUAGAAUUACAUGGAGAGUGUUUUCUGCGGGAAGUACAAAGAAACAACCAUCACCAUGUCUUUUAUGCAGGAAUUCCUUGCUCAGGCUUCCUUCAUGGAAAGUGGAGGUCAUCCCCCAUGCACUGCUGAAGAAUCUGGCCCAUCUCUCAAAGCAAAUCCUGGAUUCAAUGCUGCAGCCGAUGCAGCAAACUUGGAUAAAGCCAUUAAAGCAAAAGGUGUUGAUGAAGGAACCAUCAUUGAUAUUCUGACAAAAAGAACCAACUCUGAACGACAGCAAAUCAGAGCUGCUUAUCAACAAUUAACAGGGAAGACACUAGAUGAUGCUUUGAAGAAGUGCCUCAAAAGUCACCUGGAGGAAGUUGUUCUUGGUUUACUCAAAACUCCAGCCCAGUAUGAUGCUCAUGAGUUGAGGGGUGCCAUCAAGGGCCUUGGAACAGAUGAGGAUCGUUUGAUUGAGAUCUUGGUAUCACGGACCAAUUCUGAAAUUAAAGAAAUUAACAAGGUUUACAAAGAAGAAUUCAAAAAGGAUCUUGCAAAGGACAUUGCUGGUGACACAUCAGGAGAUUUCCAGAAGACUCUCCUUGCACUUGCUAAGGGGGAGCGGAAUGAGGAUGCACGUAUCAAUGAGGACCAGGCUGAUAAUGAUGCCAGGGCAUUGUACGAAGCUGGAGAGAAGAGGAAAGGAACUGAUGUGCCUACAUUCAUCAACAUUUUAACUACUAGAAGUUACCCACAGAUUCAGAAAGUUUUACAGAGAUAUGCAAGAUACAGCAAAAAUGAUCUGAACAAGGCCAUUGAUCUUGAGAUGAAAGGAGAUCUUGAAAAAAGCUUAAUGAGUAUAGUGAAAUGUGCUAGCUCUAAACCCGCUUACUUUGCUGAAAGAUUCUAUCUGGCCAUGAAGGGAUCAGGAACUCGGCACAAUGCUUUAAUUAGACUGCUAGUUUCCAGAUCUGAAACUGACCUAAACGAAAUCAAAACCUGCUAUAAACGACUUUAUGGCAAAUCUCUCCGCCAGGCUAUCAUGGAAGAGAAACUCAAAGGCGAUUAUGAAACCAUUAUGUUGGCCAUGUGUGGAUCUGAUAACUGAAAUCCUUCUAUUUUGCAAGGAGAAACUGUAUACAUUCCAUUUUGUGUUCUAGAUUUGUUAUAUUGGAGCUUUGCCUAGAAUAACUUGUUGUCGAGUUACAAAUACUAAAAUAAGGCUACUGCAGUUGUUUAUUUACAAUGCAAAAUGCACUGUACCCAUUGCUACCCAGUUUUUGCCUUUGGUGCCUUCUAUUGUAAAACAUUUUUGUAAUCUCAAAUAAAACAAAAUAAUGUAA